AUGUUUGAGUUUUCUGUGGCUGUAACAAAUCGAUAUGCAAAACAAAAAAUUGCUUCUCAACAGCUCAGUCACAAUACCGGGCUAAUGGAAUGGAAAGAAACAAAUACAGCAGAGAUAAAAUGUUUCUGUGGCAUUAUAAUAUGGGUGGGCUUGAUAAAAUUUCCAAAUUUAGCUUUAUAUUGGAGCAAGUCGAUGCUUUACUCUAACAAGGUUAGCUCCAUUAUGUCACAUAAUUGGUUUGAAAUACUCCUCAAAUUAUUUCAUACUUCUAAGAAUGAAACUACACUUGAAGGGGAUAAACUCCACAAAGUCCAACCUCUCUUAGACCUGAUAGUACCAAAAUUCAAGGACACAAUUUGUCCUUCAUUCAGAAGACGUCCAUCAUUUUGGAAAUAUGUACCCAACAUAAGGCAUAGGUAUGGGGUAAAAGUCUCCCAACUUUGCCUUCCACAUGGCUGUACAUGGAACCUCAAAGUCCGUGCUGGGAAAGAACAAACUACAGGUGUUUGUGUUCCACAAAAAGUAGUUAUGGAGUCACUGGACCCUUUUUUGCACAAUGGGAGGAUACUGUAUUGUGACAAUUGGAAGAACAGAAAAGAUAACCCACAAACUGUAAUAUCUGCAAAACUGAAAAAAGGGCAAACAGCACGUUCACAGAGCAAAACAAAACCCUCCAUAAUCAAAUGGAAGGAUAAAUCGGGUGCUUUGAUUAUUUCUACCAAACAUAACGAUAAUAUGGUGCCUGUAAAAUGUAAAAAUGAUGUGGAAGUUUUGGAACCCAAAGCAGUCGUGGACUACAAUGCCACCAAGUUAUUUAUUGAUGUAUCCAAUCAGGUGAGCUCAGCAUACAGUUAA